CUCACCAUUAGACUUUUGAUUCCUAAAGCGAUGUUUCGUUUCGCCUUUGUGCUAAUCUGCCUAGCGGUAGGCGUCAUCAACGCCGUGCCGACGCCAGAUAAGCGUAUCGUUGGUGGCAUACCGGCCGAAUCUGGAGAUGCACCGUGGAUGGUGUCGAUGCGCAACUCCUUCAACAUCCACUUCUGCGGUGGAACUUUGCUGAACAGCCGAUUUGUUUUGACGGCGGCUACCUGCAUGCAAGGACGACUGUCCAGCACUACCAUGGCCGUCGUUGGAUCCAGAUUUCUGAAUACCGUUGCUGCCCCAUACUACGGUUUGCAGACGAUCAACCACCCGCAGUUCAACCAAAACUCGCUGGAGUUCAACGUGGCACUGUUUCAAACGAUUCAAAAUGUAGUUUUCACCAGUAUUGUUCAGCCGAUUCAACUGAAUUCGGAAUUCAUUAUGGCCGGAUCGCGCGGUCGAAUGUUCGGUUGGGGAGCCAUCGAAGAUGGAUCCGGAAACUCAAAUGCUUUGAACUUUGUCAACCUGAACGUGAUCGAUAACGACAACUGCCGUGGAUUUUUGGGAGCCGAUGGAUCGCGUGUGGCAACUUCUUCCAUGUGCACGUUGAACCGCGAAGGACAGGGAUUGUGCACCAAUGAUGCCGGAGGUGCCUUGACUUUGGACAACCGUGCCAUUGGUGUUGCAUCGUGGAAGAUCCCUUGUGCUACUGGUCGUCCAGAUGUCUUUGUUCGCAUUUCUGCGAUUCACGACUGGGUUGUCAGCAUUAUCUAAACAACGGUGGUUAACGAUAACAUAGGUCAGUGAUAAAAACGAUUUACUGAUAGCAAUGAAAUUUCGGACCGAAACAAAUUGGGAACAAAAAUUGGUUUAUCUAUAAUUGACCUCUGUAAUUGAACCUGCACAUAAACUGUUUGGAAAUAUAAUUCUAAAAUCCUCUGCUAUUACAAA